AUGAGUCAUCCUUCGUCUAGCACCAACCCCGUGGCAGAGUCAAACGGUUUGCUGGAGAAGGUCAAGGGUGGUGUUAAGUACGGUGUGGACAAGUUAAGGAUCCCACGCUUGGAGGAUUCCCGCAGCCGCAGCCCUGUUCCCCAAAAUGAUGAAGGUGCUUCAUCGACUUCGGUUCAGGCUGCUCCGUCUGGUAUGGAAGUGGAGGCUGAUACCCAAUCGGCACUUCAGGAUAUUCAAGAGGCUGACCUGCGACAACCGUGGCUUCUCAUCUUUCAAGACGCACAAGAGGAUCUCGAUGCUGUUGACAAAUUUCAGGAUACAUAUCUCAAACCCCUCAAGAUAUUCGACACUGUUAUCGACAGGUCGCAGAUUCCACAGGUUCAUCCAUAUGCAAAGAUGGCACUGGGCGUGUUAUCUUGUGCAGCCAAAAUUAUUCUAGUGCAAGUGGAUCGCGACAAAGCAGUACUCAAACUUCUCGAAAAGUUAGAUGAAGUUUACAGCUUCAUAACACAAGACGAGAUGCUUGGCAAAAUCUCGUCGAUGCGCGCUAUCCUUGGAAAGAUCUCUCAGCAGACCCGUGAAUGCGCCCAUUUUAUCAAAAACUAUUCAGAGACCAAGAACUUUUGGAACAGACUCGGAAAGAACAUCAUCUCGGAAAUGACAGAUACGAUCCAAAAGUGUAGCGACGUGUUCGAUAAGCUCAUGCAAAACUUCCGGGACCAGCUUACUCUCGAUGUAGCCAUACAUGUCCACGACAUAGCCAUACACGUCCACCAUACAGGUAAGAGUUCGGACGUCCUUCGCACGGAAAUCCUUUCCCAGAUCACAGAAUGGGUCAACAGCACUGGGGACAACGUCCCACGCAUGCUGUGGCUAUCUGGCCCUGCAGGCAAGGGCAAAUCGGCCAUCGCCCACACGAUUGCGAAUUGGUUCAACGAAACAGGAGGCCUCGGUUCAUGUUUUUGUUUCGAUCGGCACAGAGAAGCAGACCGUCGCCAUGAAAAGAUUUUCUCCACCAUCGCUCGCGAUCUUGCUGAUUGUGAUCCGGGGAUGAAACGAGCAUUAGCGGAUGCAGUCAAGGAUGCAAACUCGCUCAAGAAUACAACAGAUAUUAUCCAGCAGUGGCGCAAGCUUCUCAUGCAACCACUCAAGAAGUUCUCCCCGUCGAGUGUAGAGCCUGUCUUGAUCAUGAUCAGAGCACUAGAUGAGAGUGGUGGAGUGGAGACACGGCGUAACAUUCUCCACAUACUUGCCAGUAGACUUCAGGACGAAGGACUUCCCCAAAUCACCGAACUCCCUUCCAACUUUCGGAUUCUCGUCACCUCUCGCCCACUUCCCGAUAUCGAAAGGGGUUUUGAAGGCUCUGAUCAUAUUCUACGGUUGUCCAUGGACAGUAUUCCACCAAAUGUCGCAGAGCGCGACAUUCACACCUUCAUAUCUGAGGAGUUGAAAGAGCUAUCAGAAUUUCAGGACAACCAUCUUGUGACACUCACUGCAAAAGCCGAUGGACUCUUUGAGUGGGCGCGUCUUGUGUGCGGUGAGGCGAUCUCAACCUGGCUGGGCUGA